GAAUGACCGUUGCAGACCACAAGCCGGUCGAAAACCGGUCGAUCACUACUUGGCUUCGCUUAGUGUAGAAUCGCCUGGGCUCUGGGGACGGGGACGGCUGCGGCACCAUGGGCUGAUGCGCUUCGAUGGCCGUCGCUGAGCUGCGCUUUGUGCUCCCCAGCCACGCCGACUUCUCGCCCGACGAGGGUCUCUUCCCCCGCGUGCGGUCGCUGGACCGGGCGAUAGACCGUCGAGACACCGGGUCCAGGCUGGCCGGCUUCUUCUCGCGCGUGCGAGUGCAGGCCUCCUGGCCUCAAGGUCCGGGUGGCUCCGCGGCCCGCGCCGUCAGGUACCGCUGCUGGAUCCCCUUUUGCCCUGUUGAAGCGGUGGUGCUCUUGGAGAGCGUCCACCUGGAGGGUGAUUGUCUGGAGGACAACGCCCUUCAGCUGCCUCCUUCCCUGCUGCGCCUCCGCUCGGUGGAACGCGUGGAGCUGCAGGCGAGCGUGGCAUGCGAGCGAGAUGAGAGGUCGCUGAGCUCCACAUGGUACUGCGCUCUCACCGUCCGGGUCGAGUCGUCAGGGCCCCUGGGUCUUUUGCUGCGGCCUUUCCUGCCGCUGCUGAGCUCCCGGAUCUCUUCCAAUGUCCUGGAGGUCUCCCGCAAGCUGCUCAAGCGCCAUGGCCAGGCUCAACACAAGGAGUCUCCAAUGAUCAGGACGCCAGGAGAGGCGAGUGGAUGUGACGCAGGCGGCCGUACGGUGAGUCGGACAGGCGGAGGCGCUGGAGGCCUCUUCUGGGACUGCGCAGGAGGCUCGGGCGGCUUGACCAUCAACACGGACCUGGAGGACGAGGGGCCCGGCACGCCCGCCACGCCCAGCAUCGAUCCAGAGGUGCUCCUUCAGCCCUCCCUCUCGAAGGGCAUGCCCUUCCACAACGGCUUCCUCUACAAGCUGGGUGAUGGGAUCUUGAACAACACCUGGAACCUCCGCUACUUCUUGCUCAUUGGGCAGACCUUGCAGUACUACCGUUCGCAGCACGAAGCUCGACCCCGCGACGCCAUCCACUUGAGUGGUGUCACUGUGGAAUGGCUGAAGGAUCAGAGCCGUCCGUUUACCUUUGCGGUGAGCAAGAGUGGCAGCCGUUCUUACUGCCUGUCGGGCUGUAGUGAGCAGGAGGCCUCUGAAUGGAUGGAGCGAAUUCAGGCGGCCAGCAAGCUGGGGAGCCCGCCUCGGGUGGAGAUCCCGACGCCGAGCUCCGCCAGGCGCUGCCAGAUCCUGGCUUCGGAGCUUCCGCUGGCUGUGCCGGCGGCUCAGACUUGGCAGGAGGCGAAGAUGAAGCAUUGUAGCCAGGUGUUGGUGCAGCUGCUGGAGCAUCGUGGCGCUCUGCGGGAGCUGCGGCAGGGGCUGCGGAUUCUGGAAGCUCCAGAUUCUGAAGAGCUUUUGCGAAGAACCUGGAAGGACCUCUUCUUUCUGCUCCUGCUGGCCAUGCUAGGCCUAGGCAGCCUUUGGGCGGCCUGGUACGUGUCGGCAGCCUUGUUGCUGGCAGGAGCAGCGAGCCUGUGCUUCAUAGCCAGAGGGGUCCCAGUGGUGGCGGCAGCGGCCUGUGUGAACGUGCCGGUGGAGGAGGUCAAGGAGGCCUUGAUGGAGCACUGGAGAUUCCGAGACUGGCAGCCAGACCACCUGGAGUCGUUGCCCCUCUCGUUGCAGCCGGGACGAGAUGAGGUGCUGCGGCUGAGGUGUCGCACUGGAAUACCAGGAUGCCACUUCAGCUGCGAGUUGCGCAGAAGGUGGGCGCGUAGUGAUGGCGCACGGCUGCUUCUGUGUGUGGAGGAGUCCGAGGGCGAGAUCACCAGCUUCGAAGGCUUUGCGAUUCAACCUUUGGACGAUGGUUGCCUGGUCGUGUGGCUUUGCGGCCUCGACUUGGCGCCGACACCGUGGACCCCCCGAGCGGUGCGCGAAGCCUUGGCAGUGCGGAGAGUCUCAGCCUUGGCCGGACUCCGGGAAUGGCUGCGUUGCCGAAGGAACGGGCCAAAGACGUCCGUCAGCAGGAUGGAGCAGAAGCUCGCUGGUGGCUUCGGCAGGUCUGGCGCUAUGCUCAAAGACAGCCUGCAGCUGCAGGUCCUGCCACUGCUGCUUCGCCCCUUUUGCCGCGCGCGGAAGGGAGGCGCCUUAGAGGCGCCCCGAGACCUCGAUCGGGCGGCGCUGUCUUGUGAUGUGCUUUUGGAGCUUGGGCGGCAAGCAUUGCGCGGGCGCGGGCGCGAGGCGCGAGCGGGCCGAAGGGCUGCCUGGGUCAAAACCAGUUGACACUGGGACCCUCCAGGACGUUCUGUUGUCUGUGGUCAACCAGCCAAACCCGUUGAUGCCCAGUCCGACCAAUGAGUGUUUGGUACGCAACUAUUUUGUCCAACUAACUUGACGAUUGAGCCAAAGAGUGUAGUCCGAUAUGGACGGCUUCCGGCCUCCAUCUGACAGUGUGGCCAACCUUUCACAGAGCUGGCAGUGUGACAGAAGCAACGAACAAAGCCUUAUAACUUGACGGAACCAGCAGUCGAAGCGGAUCCAUCUGAAUUCCUGUGUUUGGGCGUUCAAAAAUGCAAAACAAUGCCAUGCCCUGCUUGCCAAUUUAUUUUGAGCUCAAGGAAGCCACUCAGAGAUUGAAGGUUUUCCAUGUUGCAGACUCUCACGAGGAGACGGGUUCCUGCCUCUCAGUGCCUUUUUGACCUGCGGCAGAGUGACCGGUGUCUCUGGUUUCCUUUGCGGCAGAGUUUCUUGUCCUUCAAGUUGAUCGAAUUUGGUGGCACAAGAUCGAGCAAAUUGCUUCAACAAGGAUCAGGAUGUAAAGAAUGACAAGGCUUGUGGAACAAAAAGGCCGCCACUUCUCUUCUCCAGGCAAGGUUUUUGCUCAACUGGUUCACCCAUGGUUCCACCUCACAUCACAGCCUGGAGCACUAGCUCUUGCGCAGAGCUUGCGCAGAGCACUUUCUUUCAGACAAGUUGUGCAGCACUUGCAGAGAGCAAAACGGAAUUGCGAGCUUGCAAAAUUACAAUAUAAUACAGUAGUAUAAUAUAUAUAAUAGUCGUUUUCUUGAGAGCAAUGAUCCGUUUGGAACUAUGGAAUCGAUGCAUACCGCACCUUCAAUUAUGCUGCAGACAUUUGGGCUGCUUUGACAACGUUUGUAUUGCUUGAAGGCGCCAAUAAGGAGAGACCUCCGGAAGGCAAUGGCACUUGUGAUGCAGCCGCCGAUCAUCAGAGACCUGCUUACGCACGAGGUUGAUACUUUCGACGUCGAUGAGGAGCAUUUGUGCGGCCGCUAUGUCCUGUUGGAGAAGAUUGGUGGAGGAAACUACGGAAUUGUGGCGAAGAUGAAAGAUGUGGACGCCAGGCGGCAGAGCCAGCUGCAGAGCCAGGCUAUUGAACACUCAAGAGGCAUAAUUACUUUGCAAAGUAGGAGCAUGGCAGAGCAAGCUACAAACGGAAGGCCAUAUGGAAAUCGCGCGUUUAGCGGAACAUCCUAAUGCAACUGGGAAGUUUUGCACAGCUUGGCUUUUUCGAUUAUAUAACUGUUUGGCGUGGUCGAAUCAGUACACGGGUGCCAGGGGAGGCUCGGACAGCUCCCACCGCUGAAGUUGACAAGUCAACUUCCUGACACUUAUGCUUCCAAGCUGCCAAGUGUGUUUUCUCUCCAGUUGGCAGGUGACUCAGCCAACCCUACUCUGUUCAAUGGAUGUGCCUAAAUGUUCUAUGGGUGAGUGGGCUUCCUGCACGCCUUUGGAUGUGCCCCCGGUUAGGUGAGCCCACGGUUAGGCGUUGGGUGUGUCGGUUGUGACGUUCCAGAGAGGCAAACAGGGACCCUGUUAACGGAGCCCAUACCCAACCUGUGGACGCUGGCAGCUUUCAUGAUGCCAAGUUCCAAGCGGAUCGGCGAACGAGACAGGUUUCCCACAGAAAGCCAGGCAGUGCUUCGAGCGGCCUUUUGAAGACAUCGGUUCGAUGUGAAACUGCCAUUGGAUUGAGGUCAUACAUAGCGGCGCCCACCACUAGCGAAGAGUGUUUCCGGCAUUUAACCUGGUCAUUUGAAGCCAUGAUUGCCUGGGUUUGGGAUUCUGUUUCUUUUGCUUAGAUGCUGUAGGUCGUUGUAAUUAGGUCAGGUUGUCCACUGGCCUCGUGGGCGGAACGAAGUUCUCAAAUGUGUACACCCAUUGUUUUUCCAGGUCUUCUUUUUUCAAUCUCACUGUAUUGAGCUCACCGAACGCUCGAUUCAACUCGUGCUGCCGAUUUGUCGAAGCCACUAGCCGCCAUAGACACUGGAAUGUGCUGUUUUUUUUCAUAGCAGGACAUCAAGUGGCUGUGGGCUGUGGCAUCCUGAUUUUUGUUUGACGGGCUUCGGCGAGGCCUUAGAUGAGCACCAUCACCAGGGUUUAGUAAAGAGUGGUCGUGGGACUCUUGAGAUAGAGAAAUUUGGCAGACACCUGGAAGAGCAGUACAUCGGCGUCUUCGCUUCAGAUGGUGAUCACCUUGCUGUUCUCGGUCCUCUUGGGUACCCACCGGUUUGAUGCUCAUAUGGUGUCCGAAGUGAACGAAGACCAAAGAGGGCGAGAUCGACAAAAAGAGCGCGUGACCGUGUGACAAAGGACAUCCGAGCACACAUGAGCAAAGCCAUGACACAAAACUGUUUCACUGAAGCAGCAACGCCUUUCGCACUUUCUGGAAAAACGACAUGAGCUUUGAUAAAGCCUGCGAAGCCUGCGCAACUAUUUGAAACCCAGGAGCCGGUUGGACUGUCUGUUGAUCAAGUUCAGGUGUUUUGGAGCCCAGUCCGACCAAUGGCGGCCGAAACGGAACUUAAACCUACCAGGAGGAGUCACCUGGAGUGGUUUUGAGGCCCAUCCAGCAAGCUCGAACGUCCAGGUGUCGGGUCCCGACGGUUUCGACCAGCGGUUCCAUGUCGCUGGAGGGAGGAUCGGGGGCGCCCCAGGCACCUGGUGGGGGUCCAACAAAGCACCCCUUCAACACGAUGUCUAGCGCCACUGAUGUCGUGGUCCUGUCUGUGGGUCUGCUCCUUCAUGGAAAGGUUCCCCACCAGUGGCCAGCAUUUGGUCGUGGAAACUGCAGGUCGUGCUGGAGGUGUGUUUGAAAGAAGGGGGGUCUGCAGUACGACCAAUAGGGAGAAGUUCAUCAAGGAACCCACUGCGGGACUGCGGGACUUCUGGUGUCUCGUCUUGAUGGCCUGGAGGUUUGGGGGAUCCACCCCACCGCGUGGAUCCCCCACUUCCGAGUCGUGCAGAGAUGUGCCGGAGCUCCACGUUGAGUCGAGUCAGAGCUCCAUGAGUUUGGGGGAUGGUUCUUUUGGUGGGAAGUUUUUUUUCUCCUCCCCAACUAUAUACCUUGAAGUGCUAUCCAACUUUUCUUGAA